GGCCGGCGCGGGANNNNAGCGGCCGCAGCCCCGCCGCCCCUCCGCGCCCUGCGGCCGCCGCCGAGACCCGCGGAGCUGCAGCCGGAGGUGAUGUGAACUAGUGUGCAGCAGAAAUUUGGACUGGACAAUGAUCACCAGAGAUCCCUUGAGAACAUCUCUGCCGGGGCUGCUAUAGCGACGCGGAGGACGCCGGCGCCGAGCGGAGCCGCGGGGACGGAGCCCGGACAUGCCCUUCUCCCAGCGCACCUAUCACCCGCCGGCGACCGGGCCCGGCGCGGGGCCGGCGGCGUUUCCCGCGUUCCAGUUCCGCGUGCGGCACGAGAACCCGGACUGGCGGCGGCUGAGCACCGUGGACGUGGAGCGGGUGUCGCGGGAGGGGGACGUGGCGGUCCUGCAGGCGCACCUGGAGCAUGUCACCUUCUGCAGCGCCGAGCGGGAGUGCUGCCCGCACUGCCAGGGCCCCGCAGACCCGCUGCUGCUGAAGCUGCUGCGCCUGGCGCAGCUCUCUACCGAGUACCUGCUGCACUCCCAGGAGUACCUCAGCGGCCAGCUCGGCAGCCUGGAGGAGGCCCUGAGAGAGACGCAGGCCCAGCGUGACCAGCUGGGCAAGGAGGUGGCCCAGCGCUCGCAGGAGAUCCAGGUGCUUAAGGAGGAAUGCCGGCGGAGGAAGAAGAUGAUCAGCACCCAGCAGAUGAUGCUGGAGGCACGAGCCAACUACCACCAGUGUCCAUUUUGUGAAAAGGCUUUUAUGACCUAUUCCUUUUUACAAAGUCACAUUCAAAGGCGUCACCCAGGAGAGUCUGAGAUCGAACAGAAGAAGAAAGGAAAUAUAGAAAAAUUGCAGGAUGAGAUUGAAAAACUGAAGGAGCAGUUGCAGCUCACCAAGUCCAAGUUAGAGUUUGAGCAACAGGCUAAUUUGGCCAGGUUGUCAAAGGAAUGCGAGCAGCAAAAAUCAAAAGAAGAAGAGUUUCUACAAUCAUUUCAUAAAUGGAAAGAAGAGGAAAGAGAGAAAUUUGCUGAUCAAAUAGAAAAAGUGAAAGAUAUGUUUACGAAAGAGCUUAAGGACUUACAUUCAAGAAACUCAACUUUAGAAAAUCAACUGUUAGAAUUACAAAAGUCCAGUAUGCAACAAAAAUCCAAUUUAGGAACACUGAAAGACAGCCAUGAGUUUACAGAGGAGAAACCUCAUCAUCUUCGGGAUCAUCCAUAUGUGGUUAAACUUCUAGAAAAACAGGAAAAAAAGUGGGUGUCUUGUAUGCAAGCCAAGUGUCAUGACCAUGAGACAGAAACCUCCAUGCUACGGUCAGAGGUUGAGAACACCAAAACAUCAGCGAGGGAAGACCUGAACAGAAAUAACAUCUUUUACAGGAAGAGGAUAGAAGAAUUGGAGAAGAGGCUUCAGGAGCAGAAUGAUCUGAUUAUUAGUCAGAGGAAGCAGAUAAGAGAAUUGUCUGUGAAACCGGCUCCAAGUGUUAAAACAUAUGAUGUGAACACUCCUGUAGAGCGUCUUCUAGAACCUAAACCAAGUCCAUCAGUUCCCCCACCUGAGCAGGCACCCUUGGUGCAUAUGCUGGAGCCCAUAGAGGAGCUUUCAGAAGAGGAAAAAGAAACUGAGAAAAUUGAUUUAAAACCAGACAGAAGUAAGCACUAUUUAAUAAAUGCUCUGAAGUCUGAUCCUUCUUUAACUAAAGAAUUGCGAGUUGUUUUGGAGCAAGCUCUGGAGGAGAAGCUGGAAUCCUUGGGAAUUAAAGCAGGUGUUCGUGGAAUAUCAAGUGAUCGCUUAAAUAAAAUUUUGCGAGCCAUUGAAUAUGCCAGAGAACGCAAAGGGAGGCAAGAGCCCGCCAUUCACGGAAUUCGAGAGCGCCUUGAACGUCAAGUUGGCCUUCGGGUUGAAGAGAAAUCAUUAUCCUCUAGCAGAGCUGAUUCCUGUGCUCAGCUUCCUGGUGAAGAAAAACACAGGUUCAACCCAUUGGUAAUUUCCUCGCUUGCCACACCUCAAAAACCAUCCAAGUGGUCUCCAUCAGCUGUCCGCCCACCUGGACAAAGAGCAGUCAUCCCUGACUAUAGUUCUACACCAAAACCCAGGAAGAUUAUUGGAAGUGGGGCUUCCAGAAAGACAUCUAGCAUCACAACACCACCAUUCAGUUCAGAGGAAGAAGCUGAUGAAGAUGAUAUGAAACAGUCUUAUGUAACACCAGAGGCAUUGCAAAAGCAGUCAAAACCAUCAAGCAGCAUAGUCCAUGCUUUUCAGAAACCUAUUGGCAAAAGCAGUGGGGAUGGGAUGCAGGAAAACGGACCUCAAGAAACUGGAACACCUGCCAAAACUUCUAAAGGAACAGUAAUUCAAAAACUGACCAAACAAGUUGGAGAGAGUCUUUCUAACCAUGGAAGUAAGAACAAACCAGCUGGAGGAAUUAAUGUUGCACAGGCAUUUAUUAAGAAAGAAGGAGUGAAAGAACCGAAGCUCACAGAAGCUGAUGAAGAUGAUUGGGAUAUUUCAUCAGUAGAAGAAGACAUUUUAUUGCUGAAAAAUGACAGAGGUCAGAAGGCAAUGACAGCUCAGAAAAAUGAGCCCAAUGCUGCAUCUGUGGUACAUGCAUGGGGCCUUCCCAAGAAAAGUGCACCAAAGGAGGAAGGCCUUCAUGAAGCUGAUAACACAAGCACGUUAAAAAGCAGCUUAGUCACUGUAACAGACUGGAGUGAUUCUUCAGACAUAUAAUUGUUCCAUUCCUGAUUGGAGGUCCUGCUUUUGGGUUCUGCUGGGGUUCAAAAUGCAGGUGAAAACAUCAAGUGUUUCCCAGUACCUUCUCUCAUUGGUCCUGUAAUAACAAGGAAUACUGUUUACAGAGCUCUUGUGUCUUUCAGUCUGACUCUGAAAAAGAAUAUUGAAAUAUGCAUUACUGGCCAUGUCUAUUUGGAAACAAAGUAAUUCUUCUUUCUUUUUGUGGCAGUUUAACCCCAGCCAAGCCCCAUGCAGCCCGUCAUUCACUCCCUCACCUGUGGAACUGGGGAGAGACUUGAAAGAGUAAAAGUGAGAAAAUUUGUGGGUUGAGAUCAUGGCAGUUCGAUAGGGAAAGCAAAAGCCACACACACAAUCAAAGCAAAACAAGGAAUUAAGUCACUGCUCCCAUGGGCAGACAGGUGUUCAGCCAUCCAAGGAGAACAGGGCCCCAUCACACGUAAUGGUGGCUUGGGGAGACAAAAGACACUCCAAAUGUCUUCCUCUUCCUCCUUUUUCCCCCACUGUAUAUACUGUGCAUGAUGCCAUAUGGUCUGGAAUGUCCCUUUGGUCAAUUUGAGUCACCUGUCCCACCUGUGUCCCCUCCAAACCUCCCGUGUACUCCCAAUCCUUGCCGAUGUGGUGGUAUGAAAAACAGAAAAGGCUCUGUGCAAGCCCUGCUCAGCAAUACCAAAACCAUCUCUAUUAUCAACUCUGUGUCCAGCACAAAUCCAAGACACAGCCCCAUACCAGCCACAGUGAAGAAAAUUACCUCUAUCCCAGCCAAAACCAGCACACUCUCAUGAAUUCAGUGGUGAAAGUCUCUUUCAUUUCUCUGAGGUGAAGAUUUUGCCUCUAAUGUUUACAUUAAAGAUUGAAACUGGUCUUGCAAGAAAGCCUGUUAACCAAUGAACAGAAUAUACUGUGGAGUAUUACUUUAUACAAUCUUUAAUGCAUAUUUUUUAUAUUUUAUCAUGAACUUUAUAUAAAAUUGUCAACAUUUUAAAGAAGAUAUGUCCAUGUAUUAAACUAUUAAGUUUUUACCAUGGUUUACAAUAAACACUAAAUGAAAAGAAAAAAGCCUCAGCUCCAAAACUAAUCAUUAUUAAAUGCCUCCUAUUUGGGGAAGUCGGUUUGUUUUGGGUUUUUUUGUAUUGGAGUUCAGUCUUUCUUAGCAUAUAAGGACAACAACUGGAAAAAAAUAACAAUGUCAAGGCACAGUAAGGAAAGCACUAACCUGCCAUUGCAGAAGUACUUGACAUUUCUGCUUUGUCCAUAUUGACUGCCUUCUUUUAAAAAAGGCACUAGUGUUUCUACUUAAAUAAGUACAGAAAUAACAUAAACUAAAAAGAACCUUGAUUUUGUAGUUCUAAUGUAAUUUAGAUAAUAUCAGAUACAAAACUUUUUCUAUACUGUGCCAUUAUUAAGUAGGACUGUUCGUUUUUUAUAUUUACGUGGUUGUUCCAAAAUAACCAACUUUUAUUGAAACUCCACAGGUCCAUCAGUUCAAACUUCACCAAAAAAAACUGAGUUUGUGUCUGAUUUUAGGGACUUACUCUAGAAAGCAUUUUGUGAUUAUUUGUAAUCUCUGUUCUCAUUCAUUGACUUGUACAAAUACUCCCUCAAAGCCAUUUCCAUGGACAGACAAAGAAAAAAGACUAGCUGUAUUUUUGAACUGCAAUAUGCCAAUACAGUGUGUGUGAUACCAUUCCCACAAGCAGCUGACAUGACAAACUGAAUUAGUAAAUACCUCGUUUAUUUUUUUUCAAGAAUGCAACAUCAGCUCAUGAUUUCCAGGUAUAAACUUUACAAUACCAACAUCAAUCUUAAAAUAUUAUAUAAUAAAAUUUACAUCAAUAUGUAAAAA